AUGCAGGCCAGAUGGCACGAGGGCGGCAGGGAGAGGACCAAGUCGUUUCCCAUCAAUGAGGACGACCCCGACAAGGCCCUGCAGGAGGCCAUCGCAUACCGUCAGGCCAUGGUGGCGCUGCACAACCAGCCUGUGGAAAGUGUAGCAGCAGAGCAGCCCGAUGAGAUGUCAGUAGAUGACGAGGAGGAGGAGAUGGUUAGUCGCAAGACUCGCAAGAAGAGGAGGAAGGGAUGA